GUGUCCGGACAAACUCCGCCUGUUAAUAGUGGCGCCGUGUUGUCACCUCCGUCCUAAUCCUCCUUUUCUGAAAAUUCAGUUUCAAAACGCAACCACCCCAAUCUUCUCCAACCCUAGUUCGAUCCUCAUCAAUUCCCAAUUUUCACUAUUCAAAUUGUUGUUGAUUCGAAUCAAAGAGAUCAAUGGCAUCUUCUGCAGACCCAUGGGUCAGGGAAUAUAAUGAAGCAGCAAGACUUGCGGAUGAUAUAAAUGGCAUGAUUUCCGAAAGGAGUUCUUUAUCUGCAUCAGGACCAGAAGGGCAACGUUAUGCAUCUGCUAUACGGAGAAAAAUUACAAUAUUGGGAACUAGACUUGACAGCUUGCAGUCCCUUCUUGGAAAGCUUCCUGGAAAACAGCCUCUAACAGAGAAAGAGAUGAAUCGCCGUAAGGAUAUGCUUGCAAACUUGAGAUCAAAAGUAAAUCAGAUGGCCUCCACAUUGAACAUGUCAAAUUUUGCAAACAGAGACAGCUUGCUUGGGCCAGAUAGUAAGGCAGCUGAUGCAAUGAGCAGAACAACUGGCUUGGAUAACCAUGGCGUUGUUGGACUUCAAAGGCAAAUAAUGAAAGAACAAGAUGAGGGCCUUGAUAAAUUGGAGGAGACGGUGAUAAGUACAAAACAUAUUGCUUUGGCGGUCAAUGAGGAACUUGACCUACACACUAGACUAAUUGAUAACCUGGACCAACAUGUGGAUGUUACAGAUUCCCGAUUAAAGCGAGUACAGAAGAACCUGGCAAUUUUAAAUAAACGCACCAAAGGUGGUUGCUCGUGUCUGUGCCUCCUUUUAUCAGUUGCUGGGAUUGUGGGUCUGAUCGCCACCAUAUAUUUGCUGGUCAAAUACUUGUAAUACAAACAAUACACAAACAUCUUUCCCAUGAUGUGUUUGUGCGUCUUGGUGUGGAGGGUGGCUUUUGUGAUUGCAUUGUUAAAAACUUUUUUAUUAUGUGUUUUCUGAUUUCCUUUGCUGGUGCAAUAUUUAUGUUCUGGUGUUUUAUCAAAUGAAUUUGUUACAACAAAUGACGAAGUGUCACUUGAACACUGAACUAUUUAUCUUGUUCCAAUUUGCUUCUCA